UCUACGUUGUCAGUACGUGGAGGGUGAGUCGUGCAGCGUGCAGCAUGUUGUAUCACCUGUUGCUGCAGACAGUAAACACACUACAGUCAGCAGGUGUGUCACCCGGUCAGCCUCACCUCCUGCUGUAUCAUCUUGAUAACGGUAAAGAUGUGGAAAAGGCCGUCAACGACUUGUCACAGGCGGCGAGCGGAGGGUCGUUGUACGUCAUCGCUGAUGAAGCAGGAAGUGAUUACAGUCUAGCCCACAAAAUGAAGAACUUUCAGACUUUGUGUGACAAGCUGCUGACACAAGUUCCUCGUCUCCAUCUGUGGGCGGCACGUUGUUUGCAUGAAAACGCACCCGCCGGCUGGCAAGUGGAACAUUUCACCAGACCCCUCCGCUCUCCACCGGCUGUCGUCAGGGAAGUCGAGCAGGACCCGAGGAUCACUAACCUCUGUGCUGUCCACCCGUACAGUGAACGAGGUGUACCCGACCACACAGACGGCCCGCAAGUCAGACGACUGUAUCACCGAGGUCAGGGUCACUCAGGUGACAGGCCAGUUGACUGUGUGACGUGCGGUAGUGAGGUGGCGAGCUUCUUACACAGCCUCCGUGUUGGUGUUACAGGCAGUAGCACAACAUCUACAACUUUGACCUCUACCAGCUGCCGCACAACACCCUGUCUACAGUGGAGAGACGUGCUGGUGUUGUACUGGUAUGACGGUAGUGAUCAGUUGGGUGUGGUCACAGGACUGCAAGAAGCGGGUAUCCCAGUGCGGGUGAUGACGGAUGAUGACAUCGAGGACGUGGCCACGGCCCGCAGUGACGUGGUGUGGAUGGCGGAUGGAGAUCGUGUUCAUGGUCUGGAGAGAAAAGUCGUCGUGUGUGUGGAGUACCCUCAUUAUUAUUCACUUAGAUCUAAGUUGUUACCACGGUACCUUACCUCUCCCCGACUUGACCUCAUGUCCCGCUGUACGUCACAACUUGUAAUUGUCUCCCCUGACGACAAGCCGCUAGAAGGUGAACACACCUGUCACCUGCUGUAGUCGUGUGUCAGUCUCUUACAUCAACAAUUGACUUUUAGUGUUUGUCCUCUUCUCAGUCUAUUACGUCAUCACCUUAUGACGUCAUAGACAUGACGUGAUUACAGAUUUUUAGAUCACAAGGUCCGUGUCUCUGUUUACACAACAACAAGUGUCAACAAGUUUGUCUGUUAGAAAUGUGUGUUUGUGUUAAUUUGUCAGCAGAUCAGUGCCAGUGUCAGUCUACCAGUGUGAUGUCUGUGUCAAUGUGUCAGUCUACCAGUGCGAUAUCUGUGUCAAUGUGUCAGUCUACCAGUGUGAUAUCUGUGUCAAUGUGUCAGUCUACCAGUGUGACAUCUGUGUCAAUGUGUCAGUCUACCAGUGUGAUAUCUGUGUCAAUGUGUCUAUAUGUUGUACACGUGCUGUCAAAGGAACUCAGCAGACUGGCAUGUCAGUGCCGUGCACUAAAGUGUUUAGUCUGAUGUUGUUUACUGCCAGUGGUAAACAAAAGGGACAGAACUCUGAGACUAACUACAGACACGAGUGGUUCAUCAAACCCACUUCAUUGAGUUAAGAGAUUCAUUGAUGUAAACACAACAAACACUAGCGGCUCACUUAUACAACACGUGUUACACGUUUAACUGUUUGACACAAACACAUUCACACGAUGUACACAUGUUGUUUCACAUCCUUUAUAAAUGUCGCCCACACGUUUCACAAUGAGUGUUUCAAUAAAGAUUGUUGUUGUUAGUUUAAAA